CUUGAAGAAGAAUCUCAUCACGAAUUUUUAGCUAUGGGUUGGGUCUGGAUUGACGAUUCAUCCGCUUCUAAAGCCGGUACUGAUCUCACCGAUAAACCGCUCGGAGAUUCCUCCGCUGCCGCCGAAAAUUGCUCCACGACCACGGUGGUAAGAUCGCAGUGCAAGACGGAGGAGGUCGAGCCUGGGAAGUUCGUUAGGAAAUGCGACAAAACAGAGGAGAUCCUCCGCCACUGUUUUGGGAAGCCCUCUCAAGUCGUUCAAUCCAACACAGAGCACACAGAAGAAGAUGUCACUGACCAGAUGGUAGGGAGAUCUGCUCUUCCGAAUCAGUUUGAGGAAAAAAACCCGCUAAACUUCCCUGGACUCCGCAGAGAUGUAGACGCCAUCGAACGGCAUUUCUUGGGCGGAAUGAAGAGUUUCUUUGAUGCCGCUGAAGAGAUGACAAGCAGUUUAUUUGAUAUCAUGGGAGACCAUCACCCAAGCACCAGGAGAGGAGGGAUACCCAUUGAAAACCAUCCCAAGGUAGAGGACCACCGCAAAGACGAAACUGCCCCUACACGACCACACUCCUCGGGAGAGAUUGAUCUCUCGGGCUUGGCCAAGGACGUUUGAGAAAGGUCGUGUACUUCUUCUUGUUCUAGCUUUGACAUAUAUAAUCUUAAAAAUGUAAUGUGACUUUCUAAGAAGCGUGAGGAUUGUAGUCUAAUGUUAGCGGCAUGCACGUUUUUUAUAGUGGGUACUAUCUAUCUUCAUACUAUAUUACUAUGGUGUUAUGUUUGUGUCUUUCAUUAAUCAUACCAACCAAAAGAUAUUUACCUUGCUUUAUUAUAUCUCUUACCUAUAUUGGUAAUAUAAUAACAAUGGUCAA